AUGGGUCCUCAAGAGUUCGAACUCAGGUCGGUGGUUACUCUCACUAAUGAUCUAGACGGUGAGCCUCGUCGACCAUGGCAAUCUUCGAGCUUAGCAAAGGAUAAGCAAGUUGUUCGCUAUUACAAACGCUCAUUAUGGAUCUUUGGGUUCUAUCUCCUUAUUCUCGUCCUACCGUGGAUAUUUACCUGUGUUCUGAUGAUCAGGCCAAUCAACAAGGAAUCAUAUUUCAACCAGGCGGGAUCAAUAACCCCCGGAGACGUGGAUAAUUGGCACAGAUCGCGCGUUGCUCUCAGCUAUCUCACUGCAAUCUCAAGUGUUAUUGGACUCCCAAUAGUUUCUGGCCUCCUUGCCCAUGGAGCGGUUGUCUAUACCCAGCGUCGAAACUCAGACCCUCGAUAUCUGUUCAAACCUCCAAGCAAGUUUAAGAGCACGGAAAGAUCACUUUACCUUUGGCUGGCGACUUUUCUCAUUCUGAUCACCGCUAUCCAACCACCUAUACAAGCCAUCCUAGUCCGAAACGAAAGGAUUGACGUUAUGACGUGCAAAGGGCAUCCCGCGAGGCACAAAGAUUGCUAUUCAGCAGCUUGCAAAUAUCCUUUCAAGGAUCUGGAUACCCAGGUUAUUGCGCGGGACGCGGAGCCCAUCGAUCUGAACUUCUGCCCACAAGACGUUGUCGUCAAGAAGACCAGCCAGAAGCUACUCAGCUCCGCUAAUAACGAUAUCCAAACCAACUUGUGGCGGACUCUUGACUGGUACUACCAGAGGUUGUCAUACGAUAAAAGCAAACGGUUAUAUUAUGCGUCAUCCGUCGCCAAUGGGACCGGCACUGGGGUUUAUCGGCAUCAUGCAGUCAGGAUGGACUCCACAGCAGAGUGUUACUUAACCAAAAACUUCCCGAAAGAGUGCGAAGGAGGCAAACCAUUCGCACCAUCUUUCUCCGAGGGCUGGCUGAAUGUCAGCAUUUGUGUCGAAGGAAGUUAUGACACUGUGGCUUGGAACACAAGUCGAGACAAACAAGAACAUAACGAGACUUUGUGGUUGUCUAUGAAAUGGGAUAUUCCUGAAGGUGAAGACACGUCCGGACAUUUUCGCAACAAUGAUAGCUACGUCCUGAGAUGCCACAGCGUUUCAAGAAGAGGAUGGUUUCAGCUCCCGAACGACGCAAAUGGUGGGAAGCCUGGGCCCUUACGUGACGAGUGGCCUUCGUGGCGAGAACUGAAAAUCCCGGACGAAGACCUGCAAAAGUAUCGCGAUCAAUUGAGCUACAACUACCAGGGACCCUCUGUGCCUGGCCCACUUAUGACAGUGGCUCAGGCUAUGUUUGGAAAUUCGUCAUUCUUUCAAGCAGCCAGGGUUGCUGAUCCUGACACUUACAACCAGACCAUCAACAACAUCUGUGAGAACUCGUUGUUUCCAAUGCUUGGAAUGAUGCCGCGCAAUUAUGAUAUGGGCGGGUGCAGCCGUUCUGUAAGAAAUCGGAAUAAAACUCCGAAAAUGCAGGAUGUGAUUUACAAUUACUCCAACAGCCUCAAGAAUGAAGAGGCCACCGCACAAGCACUCGAAAAGGCCAUGUUCUUUGCGAACGAAGCCCUUCUCACCACCGCCGCCUCGCUAUCACAGAACCGCCCAAUUUUCUAUAACCCGGGAACUGCAGUCAUGAAGCCAAAGAAGGAUUUAGCAGCGGUGAUAACUGUCACUACACUAAUAGGUCUUCAAGUUGUGGCACUUUGUGCGCUGAUGUGGUUCAUCCUACGUGCCCCUACGUGGACGGAGAUUCUUGAUGCAGAUGCCCUGGCGCAGAUUGGAGGUCAGCUGAAGGAAUGGGGAGAGCCCAGGCCCGACCUGACGAAGAUAAAUGGUAUUGUGGGAGUUGAUGAGACUCGACAUCAGGCCGAGACGUCAUCGGUGAGACUGUCGACGGGGCAAGAUGCUGCUUCCCAUUCAGGGUCUCUACAUUUGACACUUGGCGGGGAGGGAUUGAUCAACAGAGGUGUGAUGGAGAGGAUGCAAGCAGAUACAACUACUGCGGUCCAAGCGUGAUGAAUCUGUUUGGCAAGCAAGUUCGAAGCAACCCUGAUGUCGGGACCCCUUUUCAAAAAC